CAGGUAUGUUUUUCCGUUUCCAAGGACUGCCUUGCUGAUGUCACCGCGGAGGAGGAGGAGGGCAGGCGAGGAGGACAGGUGCUCGAGGGUAAACUUGUCUCUCCAGUAGGUUUGGAUGAAGAGCUGUCAGGGAGAGGAGCUCCUCUCUGCAGCUGGUUAACCUUUGGGAAACUAGUUUUUGAAGUUUUUUAGUAUUUUUCUAAACUCUUUUUCUCGUUGUGUUAUCGAGUUUACUGGCGUUUUCUCAAGUCCAAAGUGGAAUACAGCCCGGUUUACUCUUGGAACUGACGGGAUCUUGGUGCGCACGAACUGCGGGACUCUCGGGAUCUGUGGCUAGCAUCGGGGUUUACAGUGAAGGGAAAGCUGCUGCUGUGUGUGUGAAGUACACGUUGCUGUGAAGUGGGGUGUGGGAUCGAGACGCCCCAGCAUCAUAAGCAGCACUUUUCCGCUUCAAUGCGACACUGACGCAGCUGGUCUCACGUUCCAGCCGCGGACAGGUGAUGCUCGAGUGAUUCAAUGGAAGGAUUGAUCCUCCACAGAGGGAGUUUGAGCUGAAGAAGAGCAAGAAAAAAGACUUGUUUCCCCCUGGAAUGGAAUACAACACGAGACAGCAGCCUCAAGUUGUCUAAUCUGCCAUGAUUUCUCCGUGCGUCAUUGCGCCUUAGGAUCUGAAAACGGUUGUUGCUUUGAAGGACAAUCGUUCUUGGACUUCCGUCUAGGUUUUUUUUUUUUUUUCAGCAGCUGCCAACCAUGUCCAAGACGUUGAAAAAGAAGAAGCACUGGUCCACCAAAGUGCAGGAGUGCACCGUGUCGUGGGGUGGCUCCGGGGAGUUGGUCACUGUGGUGGAGGUGCGAGGCGGCGCGGAGCUGGGAGAGUUCCCCUACCUUGGGCACAUAGUUUCGGAAGCGAUGGUUUGUCACACCGGCAGGUUUCCCGGCAGCGGGGACGUGCUGCUGGAGGUGAACGGCACUCCGGUGAGCGGACUCACCAACCGUGACACACUGGCUGUCAUCCGCCACUUUCGGGAGCCUAUCCGCCUGAAGACUGUUAAACCAGGCAAGGUGUUGAAUACUGAUUUGCGUCACUACCUCAGUCUGCAGUUUCAGAAGGGCUCCCUGGACCAUAAGCUCCAGCAGGUGAUCAGGGACAACCUGUACCUGCGCACCAUUCCCUGUACCACUCGGCAGCCCAGAGAGGGGGAAGUUCCUGGAGUGGAUUACAAUUUCAUCAGCGUGGGGGAGUUCCGAGAUCUGGAAGAAAGUGGACUGCUGCUGGAGAGUGGCACCUAUGACGGCAACUACUAUGGGACCCCUAAGCCCCCUGCAGAGCCCAGCCCAGUACAGCCCGACUUGGUGGACCAGGUGUUGUUUGAUGAGGAAUUUGACACCGAAGUCCAGCGAAAACGCACAACCUCAGUCAGUAAGAUGGACAGAAAGGACAGCGCUGCACCAGAGGAGGAGGAGGAAGACGAGAGGCCUCCUAUGGUCAACGGUCUGGCUGAGCACAAGGACAAAGCAGAGUGGAGGAAGACGGUGCCCAGCUACAACCAGUCAGCCGGGGCCAUGGACUUGCGUGUAUGGAACACACAGGAUGAAAGUCAAGAGCCCUUGCCUAAAAACUGGGAAAUGGCCUACACAGAAACCGGCAUGGUCUAUUUCAUAGAUCACAACAGCAAGACCACUACUUGGCUGGACCCCCGUCUCGCCAAGAAAGCCAAGCCUCCUGAGAAAUGCGAGGAGGGAGAGUUGCCCUAUGGCUGGGAGAAGAUUGAGGACCCCCAGUACGGAACCUACUACGUUGACCACAUCAACCAGAAGACCCAGUUUGAGAAUCCAGUACUGGAAGCUAAGAGAAAGUUGAGUGUGGACGUGCCCAUUGCAGCUCCGCCACCAGCAGCCACACCCUCAGCAGAGGAGCCUAGUAGGGGAGUGCGGGGCUUCACGCGAGAUCCGUCUCAGCUGCAGGGCUCCAUCCUGCAGACAGCACUUAGAAAAAGCCCCCAGGGAUUUGGGUUCACCAUUAUUGGAGGAGACCGACCCGACGAGUUCCUUCAGGUCAAAAACGUCCUUCCAGAUGGGCCGGCGGCGCACGACAACAAGAUUGCCUCUGGUGAUGUGAUUGUGGACAUCAAUGGCGCAUGUGUGCUGGGAAAGACUCAUGCUGAUGUAGUGCAGAUGUUCCAAUCCAUCCCAAUCAACCAGUAUGUGGACAUGGUUCUGUGUCGGGGCUACCCUCUGCCUGAGGACUCUAGCAGCAGCGAGGACGCAUCAGGUGGCGUCGGCACUUCCAAGGACACUUCCCCGUCUCCCUCCACCUCCACGCCCCAGGACCCCCAUUACACAGUCCCAGAUGGAGGAACUCUUCCCAGGCAGACUGCUGCGGUGCCGCCUAUGACCAACGGUGGGCGCCACCACCACCAUGCUCACCCCCACCAACACCACCAUCACCUUCCUCAUGCCCUCAACCAAGAAGGCCCUGAUCCCACGCUGCUACAACCAGAGCUGGUGAGUGUGCCCUUGGUGAAAGGCCCGGGAGGUUUUGGCUUUGCCAUUGCAGACUGCCCCCUGGGACAGAAGGUGAAGAUGAUCCUGGAUGCUCAGUGGUGCCGCGGCUUGUUGAAGGGCGAUGUGAUCAAGGAGAUCAACAGACAGAAUGUCCAAACGUUGAGCCACUCCCAGGUGGUGGACAUCCUCAAAGAUCUCCCUGUGGGCAGUGAAGUCAACGUGCUGGUGCUCAGAGGAGGUCAGACAUCUCCUGUGAAAUCACUGAAACCAUGCACUGCUCCCAUGUCCCAUUCCGUAUCGCAGCCGACGCCUCACCAGGCACCUCAUCCCGCAACGCAGCAACUUCCCCAUCCAAGCUCCCAGCCCAUAAUGCAGCAGCAGCGACAGGAGAUGAUCAGCAGCACAGAGACCCUCAGUCAGCCGGAGGUGCAGCCCAGUCCGCUGUCUUUCCCCGCCAACACCCUGCGCUCGUCUUCACCCAAACCAGACGCAUCUGAGCUCUACCUCAAAUCCAGGGCCAUGUUAGACAGCAAGCCUCCUAAUACCAAGGACCUGGAUGUGUUCAUCAAAAGGAACCAGGAAUCAGGCUUUGGCUUCAGAGUCCUUGGAGGCGAGGGACCAGAUCAGCCGGUGUACAUCGGUGCCAUUGUUCCACUCGGUGCAGCUGAGAAGGACGGGCGCCUGCGGGCGGGAGAUGAGCUACUUUGUAUAGAUGGCGUGCCUGUCAAGGGCAAAUCCCACAAACAAGUGCUGGAGCUCAUGACCAAUGCUGCCCGCAAUGGCCAAGUCAUGCUCACAGUCCGCAGGAAACUAGCACACACAGAUGGUGGUACAGAGGAGGAGAGCGGCCAGCAGCCCCAGCAGGUCGCUUCCGCUCUGGUCAACAGCUCCCCCAAGAUGCCUCGUGUUGAGGUGCCAAACUCCGUCCAGCCCGGCCAGUCCUCUCGGCCAGAGUGCUUCGACGUUACUCUGCAGCGCAAAGACAACGAAGGAUUUGGAUUUGUCAUCCUCACGUCGAAGAACAAACCCCCACCUGGAGUUAUACCUCACAAAAUCGGUCGUAUUAUUGAAGGCAGCCCCACAGACCGCAUAGGCCAGAUGAAGGUAGGGGACCGAAUCUCCGCUGUCAACGGUCGGUCUAUCAUGGAACUGUCGCACAACGAUAUCGUUCAGCUCAUCAAGGACGCCGGAAAUUCCGUCACGCUCACAGUUGUGCCUGAAGACGACAGCGCUCCUCCAUCUGGAACAAAUUCUGCCAAGCAGAGCCCUUCAGCGCAACAUCGAGCCGUAGGCCAACAGCCUCCCAGCUAUCCAGACAGGAACGGUGACUCGGAUGCAAGGAACUCCCUCGCACAAAAAGAGAUGGGAGCUCUCAUCGCAUCAGGCCCCAAGCAGGGUUGCUUUGUGGUGGAGCUGGAGCGCAGCCAGCGGGGCUUCGGCUUCAGUCUGAGAGGAGGCAAGGAGUAUAACAUGGGCCUGUUCAUCCUGCGACUGGCCGAGGACGGGCCGGCUCUCAAAGACGGCAGGAUACAUGUCGGAGAUCAGAUAGUGGAGAUCAACGGUGAGGCCACGCAGGGCAUCACACACACUCGGGCCAUUGAGCUGAUCCAAGCAGGAGGCAGCAAAGUUCACCUGCUUCUCCGACCGGGCCAGGGCUUGGUCCCGGACCACAGUUCAAAGGACAAAGUAACCAUUCCAACCUCAAGCUUUCCCAGACUCUCUGUAUCCGACGGACAGUCAUCUCCAGCUUCUCCAUCCUCUGUCUCCCUCUCUACCUCCGAACUGUCCCCGUCUUCACCCAAAAUAUCUGCCCCUGAUGAGUUCUCUGGGGGAGACGGCAGGGUAUCCGGGUCCCCUGGUGCUGGGCAGGAGCACGGUAGGCAGGCGAACAGAUCAAGAGGACAGCAGCUCUCUCACCACAACCAUAAGCGCACCACCAGCCCCGGCGCCCAGGCCAGAAAAACAGGCAGGAGUGACUCCAAGUCUGGCAGUCCCAGAAGGGCCACUGAAGGCUGGACGGAUCAUGUUGAGAGCUCCCAGAGCCCACGAAAAACAGAUCGAGGCCACGGCGGGUCCUUGGAGGAUAUGGGCAAGGAAAGGAAAGCCCAAGGGCAGAGGGACUAUCACUCCUCCAGUCCAAGGAAGGGUUCCAAGCGGGAAAAUGACCUGACUGGGCCUUUGAGGAACCUGGAAGAGCCUCAGAGCCCCAGGCGCCCAGCUGGCCAGCAGCCCAACGUUGCCUCCGGCGAAGAGAAGGACUGGAGGUACAGGGAGGAGGAUGCAACUUACUGGCAGGAGAGAGGGGGCAAGGAGAGCGGAGACAAAAGCUGGGGGACCAGUGAACGCCACAGAAAGGGCAAAAGGGCUGAACAAGAGGCAGCAGCGCAAAAAUCCUACUCCCAAGAGCACAGGGAGAGGUCAGGGUCGGAUGCUGAUAGCGGCACGCUGAGUCGAAGGAGCGGAAGAGGGAAGGCCGAUAAGGAAUAUCGAGAGAGCAGGUACCCGGGGCCAGCUGAGGACGUGAGCAGAAAGGACCCCAGAGGUUCAAGCAGCAGCAUCCAGGACCCCAGCUGCAACGGGACCACUACCAGUAAGAAGGCUCCCAUCACCCCCGGCCCAUGGAAAGUUCCCAGUUCUGCCAAGAUCCAGUCCCAAGCGGACACAACAUAUGCGGAUGUUUAAAAUCCCGCUGGGACUCUGAAUACACGAAGAGAAAGCUGAGCCUCUGAAGUAUGGACAUUCAGAAUGGAAGGAUGUUUUUUAGACAUUUCUGACAUAGCGGAUCACUGUGUAACCAGCAACAUAGCUUCUCAUUGCUUUUUUUUUUUUUUUUCACCCAGUUUGCCUCGGUCAGUUUGCAUCAAGCUGUUGAUGUCUGAUCUGACGUUGUGCUCGUACCUACAUGAGUAUUUGUACUGUACAAUGUUGUGUGUGUAACAGAUGGGCUCUGAGUGUGACUUUUUUU